ACCAAUCGCAGCCGAGAGUGUCUCCGGCCGGGCCAAUCAGAGGCGAGGGUGGAAAAGGCCGGGGCGGGAGGCGGCUGGGGGACUAGGCGUGGGUUUGUUUCUCCGCGGAAAGGCGGUUAGGCUUCCCGGGCUGCGACCCCGGAGGGAGCACGGAACUGCGUGAGUGUGGACGUUUAUCGACCCUCCCCCCAUUCGGCUGGGAACUCGGGUCGGGGCCAGGCCUACCUGUUCGAUGCCCCCUCCGGGAGUCCGGGCCAGCAUGUCUCUCCAGACCCCUCUGGACUCCUCACCUCCGCAUGCCAGCUGCCUGGACAUGUGGAAGGAGAAAAAUAACCAGCUAGUUCGACAGCUUAAGGUGGCUUGGAACUCGGAUCUGACUUGGAGGCGACAGCAUUUAUUUCAGGAGGCACUGCAAGGCUUCACGGGACUUCUCCUUAGUUUGCGAGGGCUGCCUGUGGCUCCUUUUGUUCUCCCCUUGGAACUGACUGUCACCUGCAAUUUGAUUACCCUGAGGGUGAGCCUGGCCCGGGGAUUCACAGAGGACCUGGCCCAGGAUAUCCAGCAGGGCCUGGAAAGAGUGCUGGAGAUCCAGGAGCAGCAGGGCCCCAGGCUGGAGCGUGGGCUCCAGGGGCUGUGGGACUCUGCCCUGCAUGCUUCCUCCCAGCUACCACAGCUGCUCCCUGCCCUGCACUGCCUUGUUGGCCUGCAAGCUGCCCUCUGGCUGAGCACUGACCGCCUUAAGGACCUGACCUUGCUGCUGCAACCCUUGAACGGCAGUCAGAAUAGGGCCUCAGAAGACCUACUGCUACUUCUGAAAACUUGGGCUCCCCCAGCGGUGGGGUCAGAUGCCCCACUGACUCUGCAGGAUGCUUGUCACUUGAGGGGUGUCCUACUGACAGCAUUUGCCUUCCGCCAAGGCCUCCAGGACCUGAUUUCAGGGAGCCUGACUGAGGCACUGAACAACCUGCAUGAAGCGGCCUCAGGUCUGUGCUCCCGGCCUGUGAUGGUCCAAGUGUAUACAGCCCUGGGCACCUGUCUUCGAAAGCUGGGCAAUCCACAGACAGCUGUGCUGUACCUGCUUACAGCCCUGAAAGGGGGAUCAGUCAGUGGUCCCCUGCUUCUGGAAGCUUCUAGGAUAUAUCAGCAAGUAGGGAACAGAGAGGCAGAGCUGAAGAGUCUGGAGUUGCUAGUUGAGGCCUUAAGUAUUACUCGGAACCAUGAAGCCCCUCCACUUCUCAUUGAGGUAGAGUUGCUACUCCCACCACCUGACCCAGCCUCACCCCUUCACUGUGGCACACACAGCCAGGCCAAGUACCGACUAGCAAGCCGAUACCUACAGACUGGGAGGGCGGAAGCUGCUGCUGAACAUUAUUUGGAUCUGCUGGCCCUGUUGCUAGAUGACUCAGAGCCAAAGUUCUCCCUACCCCCAGGCCCCCCAGGCCCCAGGAUGCCUGAGGUGUUUCUGGAGGCUGCAGCAGCGCUGAUCCAGGCAGGUCGAGCCCACGAUGCUUUGACUAUGUGUGAGGAACUGCUUGGCCGCAUUUCACCGCUACUUCCCAGGAUGCCAUGGCUAUGUGAGGACGCUGAGAGAAGAACCAUGGAGUCACCGCACUGCCCACUCUGGAUCUCUGCUGCCUACCUGCUGCAGGGCCAUGCCUGGGUGAAACUGGAGGCCCACAAGGAGGCAAUUAGUGAAUUUAGCCGGUGCCUUGAACUGCUCUUCAGAACUAUACCAGAGGAUAAGGGACAAGGGCCUGGUUCCAGCUGUGAGGAGGAGUCUCUGUCAGAAGUCACACUUGCACAGUUUCGUAAAGCUGCCCUGGUUAGUCGUGGACUAGAGUGGGUGGCUAGUGGACAGGACACCAAAGCCCUACAAGAUUUCCUCCUGGCUGUGCAGAUAUGUCCAGGUGAUCAAGACACUUCCUUUCACCUGCUUCAGACUCUGAGGAAGCUAGACCGGAGAGAUGAAGCCAUUGCUUUCUGGAGGAAACUUGAUGCCCAAACUCAGUUGCCACAGGAGAAUGCUACAUGGUCUGUCCCACUGUACCUAGAAAUUUGUUUGAGUUGGAUCCAUCCUCCUGACCGUGAAAUGCUUGUUGAAGAAUUUCGGACAUCUCUACUGGAGCUCUGUGACCUGUAGCUGCCCUGCUUUAUAGAGUCUGAGCUGGGGCCUCAGGGACCAUCUGUCAGGGAAGACUUUCUGCCAUACCAUCCAAGGGGAAUGUGACUGCAGCUAUUCCUGUAUGUUUAACAUGGGCAAAGAGACCUAUGAAAUUUGUCCUUGUGACUGCCAUUCUGGUUCCAGAUGAAACUCCCCUUCACCUAACAAAACACUGACUUUGCUUGUGGUACUUUUUUUCCUGUUCCCCCUCCCUUGAGUAAAAUAUGUUUAUGUCUGUCUGCUUACUACAUA